GAUAUGGUUAUAAAAUACACGUCGGGCUUCGUUUUGGUUUCAGAAUUUUGUUGUCUUAGCCAGAGAAAGGUUCCUACUAUUUUUCGCCAUGAAGCUGCUGGUCCUUCUUUUUGUGUUCAUCGCUCUUGCAACCAAUUCCCUGGCUCUGAAAAAUGAAAUCUGUGGCCUUCCGCACUCUCAAGUGGGUUAUUUAGGAUUGGCCUGCAGGGCACUUAUACCCAGUUGGUCCUACAAUUUUAACCAAAAGGAGUGCGUGGAUUUUAACUACGGAGGCUGUUGGGGCAACGCCAAUAGAUUUCAUUCCAAGGAAAGUUGUGAAGAAAAGUGCUUGGAAUAAAAUGUUAAUAAGCUAAGGCCAAUAUAAUAUGCCGACGACAUAAAUAUUAUUUCUUCAAAAA